AGCGGAUGUGAGGAAGGACAGUAAAAAAGCUUAGCCAGAGGACUUGAUAUAAAGGCUGAGUGAGACAAGCUGAAACUCAGACCGGUGGAGCUUUGCUCAUCAUAAAGCACACUUCCCCCAAGUAACUGACCAAGGCUGACACAACACGACGGAGCAGAAUGAGCAUGCGCGGAGCAGUGGCUGGUUUUGUGGUGCUGGCGUGCCUGGUGGCACUGCUGGCCGAGAGGACAGAGGGACACAUCACCUUCAUCAGCCCAAAGGACAUGAUGAUGUGGAAGCAGAAACAAGAGGGCAGAAAGGACAUGGAGCCCCGGUCGGAGGAUGGCCAGUUUGAAGAAGUCACCGUGCAACAGCUCCCUCAGGUGGAACAUGAUGGAAAUUUAGAUAGAACAGUGGAGAUUGCCGUCCGUCUUUCACCCAAACAGCUGGAUCACGUGGCACCGGUGCUCGAGGGGCUCGUCCAUCAAAUUGUCGGGGAGAGUCAGAAAGCCAAAUAGCGAGGCCAAAGACGUGAGACGGAUAUUAUUGCUGUGUGUAAAUUCUUCAGAAAGCACUCAAUGCUCAUUUAUUUUAUUGUAACUUAAUGAAUCAACUCAAUAAAGGGAAGUUAUAACCUCA